UUCCACGCUUCUCAGGUACGCAGUGAUCGCCAUUAGCCGCGACGACUACGUGUCGUGCCGAUCAGGAGGACGUUAUGGUGGCGGCAGCGGUGGAAAAGAACUUGUCUUUUUAGUUGGGAGAAUUUGCCAGCCUGUGGACGAGCAUUAUGGUGGAUUAAGUGAUCAAAAAGCUACAGUCCCCACAUAAAUGGAGGGGCUCUCCAUAAUGACCUUGCUGGAGUGCCCUCUGUGUUCCCAGCUGCUGGAUGCAUCAGCCAAGGUGCUGCCCUGCCAGCAUACUUUCUGCAAGGCUUGCUUGCAGAAGCAGGAGGCCGCACACUCGCAGCUGUUCUGUCCAGAGUGCAGAGCACCCGUCAGGGCCCGAACAGUGGAGGAGCUGCCCGCCAACAACCUGCUGGUACGGCUCCUGGAGGGUUUACAGGGGUCAGCGGGGCCAAACCGGAACCCGCACUACGCUGUGCCCUUUGCCAGGAGCAGUGGGAUGGGCAGGGAGGGUCAUUACAGAGAGCAGCAAGGGCACAAAGAGGCUUCUUCAAGAACUUCAAUGCACAGCCAACAAGGAGAUUCAGAAGGGGAGCUGGUCCUCACUCCCGUCAACGGCAUCACGGCAAAACACAGAGCGACAUCGGGCGAUGACUGGCUCCAUAGACACGUUAGCGACAACAGCGGCGCAUCCGGAACGCUGCACGCUGCCAGCCAGACGCUGCAAACGUUCCCCCACCUGCAGUCGCUGGCUCUCUGCCGAACGCUGUGUGACUUUAGUCCCAAAGAGAUGAGCGUGGAGAGCAGCGAUUCUUGUCUCAGCUUCCGGAAGGGAGACAUUCUCACUGUCAUCAGACGGGUGGAUGACAACUGGAUUGAAGCCAGGCUGGGCGACAGGGUAGGAAUUUGCCCUCUCCAGUUUACCGAGCUAAACUCGGUGGCAACCAAACUGCUGGAGGCAAGGAGUCAGCGAAGGAGUGACUCAGCAGAGUUUCAGCAGCGGACGACCGGACGCAGGAGCAAAGACAAGGCCCCAGAGGCAUCUAGCAGGACGGCAAACCAGAGAGUCACGCAAGUUCCUGCAAAGACUCCUCUUACCGGCGCUUUGGUCACUUCCAACCCACACAAACAGCCCAAACCCGGCAGCAGCAACUUUUCCCGCCCGGCCUCCGUGGAAGAGAACAACAUUGGCGGCUUCAACCUCCAGCGACAGUCACAUCGCUCCUCCGUGCGACCCACCAGCCGUGGACACGCGCAUCCCUCCAGAGUUAACUCUCAGCGAGUCCGACGCCACUCUGACGGCCCGCGCAGGCUCCUCUCACUGAGUGAGAAGAUGGCCAACGAAGCUCCACCCAACAUCUCGAUGGCUCUGUCAAAUCCACAGAUUUCCUCAGACAGCAAAAACACACAGCAGCUCUCCAUCAGUGUGUGUGCUGUGCUGUACUCCUACAAGCCGCAGCGCCCAGAGGAGCUGGAGCUGAGGAAAGGCGAGAUGGUGGGAGUGUACGGCAAGUUCAAAGAAGGCUGGCUGCGUGGGUUGUCUCUCCGAACGGGCAAAGUGGGCAUCCUGCCCAGCAACUACGUCACGCCUGUGCUCAGAACGUCAGCCAGACUCCUGGAGACCAAAGCGGCGAGCUCUUCUUCGUCACAAUACAACGCAACAGUGGCAAAGAAGCACACAACUGCCAGGAAUCCUGCUGUGGUCCUUGCCCCUGAUAGGGUAAAUACUGAUGGAGCGCUGUACUCAGCAGGACAGGUCCCACAUGUGCCAAAUGGAGCGCAGCACGCAAUGUCAUCCACAGACGGCGGAAAAUCAUCCUUCUACGGGAGCUCGCCAGGUUGGGAGACGGUUAGGCGAUUAUUUAACCCACACAGAGUAUCCAACCCUUUCAACCAUUCAUCCAAUUUGAAUGUCCCCUCCAAUUCGGAGCACUUUGCUCAAGUUCAGGCAUCCGGCUACUCGCCCGCCCUGCAGAGAAAGAAAAACGGUGGAAUCCUUGCCAACGCUGGAAGACUAGCCGGCUGGAUGAAUGAGCCGACAGCGCUCUCUGCUGCCCCACUGUUGAAAGACAGAGACUUCAGCUCUUUGAAUGAGGCGGGAGGUUAUCAGCAUGAGCGCCAUCCGUCCAGUGGCCCUCAAUCAAUUCUUGUCAGACCCGAUUCGCAUAAGAGCACUGCAGACAAGCCUGCCAAGUCGGUGCGCUUCCUCACAAAUGAAGACCACCCACCUCCACGGCUUCGGACCUCCUCCUGGUCUUCAGGAAGCCAGAUUCCGUCCAACUUUGCCCCAGCACCUCCCGCGCUCGAAGUAUGGGCACCAUCACUCACCUUGGGAAGAGAUGGACCCGGUAUCAUCCUCAAAGACGGAAAAGCUUCAGCUCUCAGGAAAAGCAUGGAAACGGGCUUUUUGGAUCCAAACUCAAACCAGCUUAAACCAAUGUCGUCACAGCCGUCGCUAUCGGCCAUGUCGGCUCAGUUUAGCCCUACCAGACACAGAGUGAAUUCAACACAUCUAGCCCAGACAGAGUCUGAGCUCAGUCUGCUCCAAGGAGACCUGGUCCUGGUCCACAGACCUCGACCUGAUGGCCGUGUCCUGGUGACUCAGGAGACCAGCGGCCAAACGGGGCUAUUUCACAGUAGUAUUCUUCAUGCUCUGGAGAGACUCAGCUGACUUUGUUGAAUUAAUAUAUUUUGGAUACCCUUUGUCAAGAUCCAGCGAUUGAAAUUGCCAAAAAGAGAUUUCCAUGAGGGAGUUUAUUUUUGCUCCGGGUUCAUAUUAAAAUGUGUGGAGAUAUAUUUUGUUUCUUCAGUGUAAAGAGCAUGUACUGUACUGUAUGUCUCACGUGUACUGAGAAUUUUCACACAAACCCACCAAACGGCUGUCUCCCUGUUUCUGCCCAUGUUACAUACAAUUCAUAGGUGAGUGCCUUUGUCAAAACCUACAAAGUAAAGACAAUCAAUUUAACCACGUGAAGUGAAUUAUCUCUAUUUUUCUGUGCAAAUAAAUUACCUAAGACAGCUAA